CGGUUUAUAUUUACAACACGUGAUAUAUUCAAAAAUAAACAAAAUGAGUACAUUAAGCACUAGGAGAACCGAUUUUAGCAGUCGUCGUAGCACCCGGAAAUCGCAGGUAGGUCCAGCUGCGAUCACCUACGACAUUUACUGCGUCAAUUUCUACGACAAUGGGCUCAAGGCAGUGCGUGAAGAGUUCAUCAAGCAGAUAAAGCUUGGCCUGCGACGAUUCCUAUUUGUGAUCGAUCUGGAUACUGAGCUGGAAGACGCUCGCGUAGCCAACCAGCUGUCUACUCGUCUAUCAAACAAGUUAAAAAAAGAUGUUCUGCCCACGAACCCUAUGGAACUGACCUUGCUGCGCAUACACGAUUGUUUGGCUGAAUAUGACCUUGUGACCCGUCAGAUUGAAGCGGAGCUCAGCUUUAACAUGCUCAAGUAUUAUCAGAAGAAUGUGCCAGCCCAGCUUAAGAUACGUUCGGUUGAUUCUAAAAAGGAAAAGUCAUCUGGCAUGGAAUCCAAACGUCGUCCCGUUUCCAAGACAAAGGAUACCACCGACACCAAGUCCUUGGGCAAGAUCUCGUGCUUUGGCGUCAAUGCCAAGGAACAUCACAGAGUGGGCAAGGGUUACCCAUUAUCCAAGCGCUUGUAUAUUAAAGAUGCGCCCUUGAAUACGACAAUACUAAUUCUGAUCAUGGGUCGAAUGGACAAUGAUUUCUACAUGCAGCUGCUCGGAAAUGCUCAACCAUUACGCGGCGUGGUGCACUUUCUGCCCGAGGAAUGUGCCUAUGAUUUGCUGGUGCCACGCCCACGUCGUGAGAAGCAACUGCGCGAGACUAUUGAGAAAAUCCAACGUGACAUUUAUGGGCUGCGCAAGCGAGCGCUUACCAAGCCGGUGGGCAUAUUCCAACAACAGCUGCCACAGAUGUCCCAGUGCCAGUCAGUUAAAUAUAGCAGCGAGAUCUUUGAUCAGCUCAGCUAUUAUAUGUACGAUAUGCAAAUGUUGCGGGAACAAUACGAUGAGUACUAUGUGAAACCGUAUCAUGAGAUCAAUGUGAAAAUGCGUGCGGACGCCAGCCUGCAGGACAGCCUUCAGAUGGCAGAGUCGCUGAGCAUUCAGGGACACUAUCUAAAGGCUGAGAUGCCGGCGGUGCACGAUGACGAUGCCAGCAUCUAUCUUUAUAUAGAAUCGCUAAUGUGCACAUUCGGUAAUCCGCGUGAUCUGAUGACCGAGAUGGAGGUCCUGCUGCUUGCCAAUCCCACGUCGUCUGUGCAAACGAGAGUGCUGGACAAGAUAAAGGUCUAUGCGAAUGCCUUCAAGAGCAUCAUCAAGCUGGUGAAGACCGAACGUUUGUUUGUGGAGCAGGCCAAUACGCUGCUCUGCAGCAUUGUGAGCUAUAUGGAUCAGGAAGCAAUGCGAAAUAUCUAUCAUGCAUGCUUGGAGUACAAUGUGCUGCGUCGUUACUUCACCACGGGCUACAUCUUAGAUAAAAUUAAUCCUACGCCCUACAGUACGGAUAUAGAGCCGCAGCAUUUGCCCAAAUAUGCUAAAGUGUAUUUAACCGAUGAUUCCGUUAGUCAGCGCAUUAUCCAACUGAUCACCGAGUAUGACAAUUAUAAUGUUAAGGAAAUUUAUCCAAAGGUCAAGCUCUAUACAUUCAAGCGUGCCCUCAAUGAGGUAUUCGAGAAAGAGCAACAGAUUACCAUACCGACGCGGCUUUGUUUUCGCGAUUUUACGCUCUAUGAGAUGCAGCAGUUUCUGCAGGACUUGGUCACGCCCCAGAUGUUUGAGACGGCCAUCGAGGUGAAGCAGCAGGAAACGACGUCGGAAUAUCCCAGCAUGUUUACGCUGGCCUCGGACGAGGAGGAGACAAAGCCGUACAGUUGCCCCAGCAAUAGGCGUUAUAGCAUUACGCCCAGCGUCUUCAUACGUCCCAAAUCCUUGAAGGCCAAGAGGAUAUCGGAGCAGCAGCGGGAGCACGAGAAAAGGGAGAAGGUGUCACCGCGCCCGUCCAGGCUGCGCAGCAAGGAGAGCUUUCGAGUGACAAAUAAAUCGAUGCGUAGCUUUAAUAUGCGCACCCCCAACAAUUUAAAAGAUGGCAGCGACCCUGAGAAGCCCACAUUUAUUGGACUGGGACCAGAUCAUUCCAUGCUCACAGGCUACAAUUUGGACGAUGCGCGUCAAACGAUCAAGGCGAAAACCUCGAAAUAUUACUUUGAGGAGGGUCUCAUAACACUCUAUGAGGAAAAGUGGAACUUUCGCCAGAUGAACAAGUGCCUGUCCAUUGAGAUUGACAAGCAGACACUGCAUCUGACCAAUGAACCGGGCAAAAUUGGAAUUAUAGCGUCAAAUAUACGUUUGCGUACACCCAAUGGCAUUAGCCUGCGUGUGAGACCAAAGGACGAGGAGUGCGCCAAGGCAGUACUCAAUUAUCCGAAUGGACUGAGCCUCUAUUGCCACGCUAACCAUGCGGAGCAUCUGUGGUCGGGUCAGCAGAGCGAACUCAAUGAAAGUCGACGCAUCAACACACCCUACGGCUGUGUCAUAGUCUUCUAUAACAAUACUGAUACGGUGAUGAUUAUGCGCUAUAAUGGCGAGGUUUAUCGUUUGUAUAGCUAUGUGGAUGUCAAGGGCGAGGAGGAGGGCGAAACGGAGGAUAAUACAAGUUUUAUAAAUGCCUGCUCCACACAAUCGACAUACAGCAGCUAUAAGCCGCUGCCGAAACGUAGCUUAAAAAAAAAGAGACACCCACGCAAUACCAUGUCGCAGACCAGUCGGACCAUAGGCGGGGCCGACACGUUGGGCAGGAAAACGGCCAAUCCGACGCACGACUCCAGUUCCAUAUCGUCGCAAACUCUGGCCGCACGCGCUGCCAAGGCGGAGGCACGUCAAAUACAAAUAGCCCAAGCGGCGGCGCUCUUUGCCAGCAUCGAUCCGGAACUGAAAUAUUUGGAGUUCAUAAUGCAGCUCUUCAAUCUGAGCUAUAAGCAUCUGAAGCUAACCACCUCGUUGGGCAGCGUGGUGCAUGUGGAGGAGAACAAGAUACAUUGUGGCAAGCCGAUCCGUGUCACCGAAUGGCAUGAUUAUUUUGCUAACGAGAGCUAUGCCAUGCGUGAUGAUGGCAUGCGCAUGGUCUGGACACAUAAUAGUCUCCGAUGUUAUCACGGCGAUGGCACUGUGAUCACCACCACAAUUGUGGAUGGUUGGGAUAAGGGCAUUAUCGAGGAUGAGAUUGAUAAGCAAAUCAGUUCCAGCAGCUCUCACAUAUUGCGUUUGCCGCAAAAUGAGCCCGAAUCAGAAGAAAGGAAUGUUAUAUAUAUUAAUGUGCCAGCAGGCUCAUCUCUUAUUGAUGAAGUCUUCGAAUCGAAGAAGUUCGAACAAAGGGAGCCGGAUAAGUUCGAUAAAAAGGAGCCUGAAUAUAUAGAGGAAAUACAGGUUGAGGAUCAGCAUAUUUAUGAUUAUAGCUUCACAACCCUUCAGCCGGAUAGCUUUUUGAUGCAGCACAAGACCUAUGCUGGCACUCAAUUCAACUUUACACACAUCAACCAUACGGACUUGGAGCUAGAGACAAAGGUCAUUGCCGCUGAUAAUCUACAAUUUCGAAUUUAUCAAGUGGCAAAAGAUGAAACUCUGGUACAGAAUGAAUCGUCAUAUGGCGAUGAAAGCCCCGAAAAGCCACCCGGUGAAGAUCAAUUUUCAUCUGAAGCUGAUGCAGACGAGUGGACCCGGUUAACUUAUAAAAUUCCAUUACGCUUACCAACAAUUAUUCCGAAGCUGACAUUAAUCGUCGAUAUCGAAGCAUCCAAUCUUCAAUUAUCCAUUCGGGAGGAUCGCAUCGAGCUAAAUGCGAAGUUGCGAAAGUUUGGCUGCGAUGAGAACGUCCUGGUGGUGCGCGACAACAUUCAGCUAAAUGUGAACAUGAAGAAGAGUCUGUCCACAGUCUUUACCGAAUGGGUCGACGUGUUUCAUAAGUUUAUCAAUUGCGCCUGCCCCAAAUGGCGCACCGCUUACUUUGUGGAGUCCACCUUGAGCGAUUGCCGCAGAAAGGGUCUAGAGCUGCUUAAAACUGUGCCAACACUGGGUAAAUAUAAUUUCUGUGCGGGCAACUAUUUUAUUGAUCCGGAGGAGCUGAAAACUGUUAAUGCACGCAUGACCAGCAAUAUAACGUGGCAGAAGGAAGACAUGGUUAAGUUUCCACGUUUUCCAGCUAAAAAGAAAGUCCCACAAAUAAUUCAAUUUCCCACAGUACUGAGUACCAAACUAUUUGUGGAAAUACCAGCUCAAUUGGCAUACACAGAUCGCAUACACAUGUUUAUUUAUCCAUUCGAGAAAAUCAAGUUUCGAAAAUUAAAGCACCGAUUCAACGAGGCCUUAAUCUUUCAUCUGUAUCCGCAUCUACGUGAUCUUGUGCACAAGGAGAUCAGCAAUCGCAGUUGGCGCAAUUAUCAUUUGGAGAACAAGCGUCGAGCAUUUCUGGAACAGCAGCGCCUUAGCCUAUAUAUUGCUAUGCUUAAGCACAAAGUGUAUCCCAAUUACUUUCAGUUUAGGGAUCAAUAUCACAGUCAUGUGCGCAACAUUGAUUUCUUUGAGUUUAUGGCCUCCAAAUGCAGCGAGAAGAACAACCCGGAGCACUAUCAAAAUGCCAAAGAUAAUGAAGAGCCAGCAAAUCGUGCCAAGGAACAGACCCAGGGCAAAGAACUAAAGGGUCGUCGCAAAAAGUGUUUGUGCCCCAGAUACGAGAAAUCCUUCAAAUAGAACUCUUUUUGUGUUGCAAAUAAUAUGAAGUGUAAUAAAUAUUUUGAAAAC